AUGUCACUCCUAAAACAGGCAGCCCUAGGUCUGCUCCUCACCUCUGCUUCCACAACCGCCCUGGAGUUCACCAUAGCAGGCGGUCAAAUCUUCACCCCGGGCCUGGCAGUCCUCAACUCACCUCAACCAGGCACCCCAUUAGGAGGCGAUCUAAUAGAAAUCUCCCUCGACAUCACAACCAACGGCCGCCUCCCCCUCCCCCCUUACUCCCCAGACUCCCCCUCCCAAAUCCACAACAUCUCCAUCUUUCUCUCCUCUUACGCCACCGGUAAAAAUUUCACCAUCACAAACGGAACCGCCACAUCCUCCAACUUCAACGAGAACGCCUCCCUGGGCAAUAUUCUGUUUCAGGAACCUGGCUCGACAGUCAAGCACGUCAAGUGGAUCUGGCCCGACUGUCUUGUUGGCGACGGCCAGCCUCAGACACUCGACAGCGUGAGAGGGGCGUACAAUGUGAGCAUCAGGCAGAGCUUUCGGUUGAACGGUGAGGAUUUUUACACGGUGUUUGAUGUGCCGAUUUCGGUGACGAAUCGGAUUGGGGAGGAGGCGCCGAACGGGGUUGCUAGGCCGAGCUGUGAGGAAUUGGAGAAUGGAAUGAUGGAAUGGGAGGAGGUUAGGGAGGGGGCGGAUGAGAUGGGGGCUUUGUUUGCGCCGGGGGAUGCGACGGUGCUGGAGACUAGUGGGGAUGAGGAUGGGGAUGGGUUAGGGCCUGUGAGGCCUGGGGCUGGGAGUGGGAGUGGGUUGGGGAGUGGCGCGGGGGGGUUGAAGGUGGGAUUGGGGUGGUUGGUUGGGUUGGGGUUGGGGGUUGUGGUUUUGUUGUAG